UUCCAAUGUUUUUAUUUAUAGCAAGUUAUACAUAGUUAUAAUCCUCACUAACGCUCUCGUAACUAGUAACGAGUCUUAACUCAAUUUCCUCCUGCACUGCGACGGCCAUCAUUUAAUGACGUAUUAGGUUCUGAUGUUAUUAUAUUUAUCUUACGCAGCUGACACUUGGAACACCACGGCAUGAGAUGUGAGCUUUUCUCAAAGUGUGGUACAAAAUGGGAUGGCGGUGGCUAGUGCUGUGGUCAAUGUGGCUGGCAGGCUUUGUGCGCCAGCCCACACUGAAUCUGCGUAUUUCUUCAGGGAUUUUACGAGGAUCUGUGUCUCCAGACGGCACGUAUUUGCACUACAACGGCAUACCAUACGCUGAAAUCACGCAGAGAUUUAGGAAACCUGGUCCUGAACCAACUUGGGACGGUAUAUUUGAAGCGAUUAACGAAAAUAUUCGAUGCCACCAAAGAAUCGGCACUAACCUUGUUGUUGGCCAGGAAGACUGUUUGACACUUAACGUUUACACCCCAGUUAUGGUAGAUGAAGGCACCAAUUUACCAGUAAUGGUUUAUAUUCACGGAGGUGGAUUUUUCGACGGUUCCGGAAGUAGCUUCAUAUAUGGACCCAAUAAUCUUAUUAACAAGGGCGUCAUUCUCGUCACGAUAAAUUAUAGACUAAACAUUCAAGGUUUCAUUUGUUUGGGUAUCAAAGAAGCGCCCGGCAAUGCCGGUAUGAAAGAUCAGGUGGCGGCCUUGCAAUGGGUGAGGCGAAAUAUAAAGGCAUUUGGUGGAAACCCAGAUAAUGUUACUUUGUUUGGUGAAAGUGCUGGAUCUUCUUCGGUUUCGUUUCAUAUUCUUUCACAUAUGUCGAAAGGUCUCUUUCAUAGAGCUAUAUUACAAAGUGGAUCAUCUCUGUCACCUUGGGCCUUACAAUACCGACCUGUAUAUAUGGCAAGCUUACUAACAAAAGUAAUGCUUCAUAGCACCGAGGAUGCUUUCGAGUUGUACAAUAUUUUAAUGAAUAAAACUGAUGCAGAACUAGUUGUUACAAGAGUUCCUAGAAAAGAAGGUAAUGUAAUAUUCUCUGAAUUGCUUUACGUGCCUUGCGUAGAAGAAGAAAUCGAUGGUGAAGAACCAUUUCUCACAGAACAUCCUCAUGAUAUACUGUCUAAGGGAAAAUAUAAUAAAGUGCCAGUGAUGAUUGGCAUGAACAGCAAUGAAGGAUAUUUAUUUGCAGCUAUGGAAAACAACACGGUAGUACCGAAAAUAGAUGUUAUAAAAUCUCUGCCUAAAGAUUUAUUAAUUACAUCGGAUAAGGAGCGCUGUGAAGUAGGGAAUAUGUUAAAGGAAAUUUAUAUGAUCGAUAAUAACAUGUCUUCGUCUAACUUUCUGAAUCUAGCAAAGUUUCACGGCGAAAUAUUCUUUUCUUAUCCAACAAUACAAGAAACAGAGCUUUAUUUAAUGACCAACAACGAACCAGUGUAUAGUUAUAUUUUUAAUUAUAGUGGCAACAGGAAUUUUCUAAAGAAAUCACUCGGUGAACCGUUCUCUAGUGCUCCAGGAGCGACACAUGCAGAUGAACUAUUUUAUAUCUUUAGUCAAUAUCUCAUCCCCAAUUUAUUUGAGAAUCAGAUGAUUGAAAAGAUGACAACUAUGUGGACUAACUUUGCAAAAUACGGAGAGCCAACACCAGAAACUACAGAACUUCUUCCAUUAAAAUGGCAUCCAUCUACGAAGGCCUCUCCACAUUCGUUAGUGAUCGACUCACAAUUUAGUAUAGUGCCAAUGGGGACCAGUGAAUCUAUUAAAUAUUUAAGAAGAAUCUAUGCUAAGUACAGAAGAAAACAAACCCGUGAUUUAUAAAUAAAAAACUCAUUAAAUGAUGUAUUGUAUGCACACAUUUUAUCACAUGUAUAUGACUGUUUACGCAGAAUGCUUUCCUGUGAUUUAUUAAAUAAUAAUAUAAAUAUAUUAUGUAUAUAUAAUAUGGCUUUUGUUUGUAUUGCACAAUACGAAAAUGUAUUUAUAGUUAUGAUAAGUUUUCUAAAUUUUCUUUUUAUUCAACGGAGUUCAAUGUAUGUAAACAUUCUAAAUGUAUAUAACAUUCAAUAGGAAAUAUAAUAUGGGGUUUAAUACAAAAUAAA